AUGGCCGAGACGAUAGGCUGGGGCCGAGCUGGCUGGAAGCGAGGGGCAGAGCCCAGCUCGGGACCCCCGGCCCGCCGAGCUCUCCUCCCGCCCGGGUCGAUAAUCACUGCGGAGCCGGCCUGGGCGCCCGUUUUCUCGGGCCCUACUUCCCUGUCUCCGCCCCCGGGGCGGCCUUCCCGCCCCGCCGGCCGGCCCAGCCGCCUCCCCCGGGUGCGCCGCGGUCUCUGCCCCGGCCACGUGGUGCGCGCCCCGCCCAGCAGUGUCAGUGAUCGGCUCUGGCUGCGGCAAUCUCGGGUAAUCUAUCAGCGGCUAUCGGGCCCAUCGGAGGGCCGGGAGCGGCCAGGCCCAGAGAUGGCGCCAACCCCCAGCGUCGAUAAAGUCUCCGGGUUCAGCGGCCCGUGGUCCUCGCCCCUCUCCAUCCUGCAGCCAUCCCUGCCCAUCGUGGUACCUGAGCUGUGUGUCCCACCCUGGUGCUCCCGCUUGCUCACGGGUGCCCCGCUGGUGGAGGAGAUCAGGGCGCUCCUGCGGACGAGCCCCUCCCCGCCCACCCGCAGGGCAGCUCUGCCAGCUGUCAGCGGGCUGACCCUGGGUCAAAGAAGCCGCUGGCGGGUCACAGCAGGGGCCUACGGCCCCUCCCAGCCUGAGCCCCUCGUGGCCCCUGGGCCUGCCCGGCCUGCGUGGGAAGAGCUGGGGCUGAGGGCUGAGGAGGCCUUGACCGGGCGGAGGGGCAGCGCGGCCGGCAGGGGCGUGCAGACGUGGGCUGGCGGCGGGUGUGGACUGGGGUGGGGCCGGAAGUCCCCUGCAGAGUCCAGGUGUGCCCGGCACCGCGGCCUCCUAGAGCGGCGUCUGCCCCAGCUGUCGCCACACCAGGAACACUUAGCGUUCGUCACUGUCGCGGGCCACCAUCUGCCCGUGACCAGGGAGUCUUGGGGGCACCCCCCACGGCCUCUGACCCUGCGGGGCGGCCGAGCCGGUGCCGGGAGGGGGUCAGGCCGCCCCACGGAGCCUUACGGAUUCCCUUCGGGCUGUUGUGCAGGUUCCCUCGGAGACGUGGAGACCGCAGAAGAGGACGCCGGCCUCCUGGAGCAGGAGGCUGGAGCCGUGGGGCCCGAGGCCGCGGGAGAGCCCGAGCCCCUGAGCCCUGCCAGUGCAGACGCCAAUCCCCCGCCCCCACCAUCGCCACCACCCGCCACAUCCCCAGGACGACCCGAGAUGGAGGGGCAGGAGCCAGAGGCCAGGCUGGAGGAGGAGUCAGGCAGCUCCUGGAGCGGGCCAGACGAGCUGGAGCCGGUGCUACAGGACGGGCAGAGGUGCGUGCGGGCUCGACGCAGCCUGGCCGAGGGGCUGUCCUGGGGCCCCUUCCGCGGGAACAUCCAGAGCAAAGCCUCGUCCCCUGGGCAGGUGCAACCGGGCCCUGCCCUGACCCUGCUGCUGGAGGAUGAACCCUGCUGGUUGAGGAUGCUGCCGCAGGCCCCGACCGAGGCCGAAGCCAACGCAGAGAUCUACAGGAAGGAUGAAGCCCUGUGGUGCAGAGUCACCAAGCCGGUGCCGGCGGGCAGACUGCUGGGUGUGCUGCUCACAGUGGCUGAGCCCCGUGGCACCCCCAGCCACCCCGUGAAGGAGGAGCCAGCCGAGCCCGAGUGCCCAGCCCCCUCUCACACCGACAUCCAGCUCCUGCCCCAGCAGGCCGGCAUGGCGUCCAUCCUGGCCACAGCGGUCAUCAACAAAGACGUCUUCCCCUGCAAAGACUGCGGCAUCUGGUACCGGAGCGAGAGGAACCUGCAGGCCCACCUACUCUACUACUGCGCCAGCCGCCAGACCACCGGCUCGCCCGCUGCGGCCGCCGACGAGAAGCCCAAGGAGACCUACCCCAACGAGCGCGUCUGCCCCUUCCCCCAGUGCCGCAAGAGCUGCCCCAGCGCCAGCUCCCUGGAGAUCCACAUGCGCAGCCACAGCGGAGAACGGCCCUUUGUAUGUCUCAUCUGCCUGUCGGCCUUCACCACCAAAGCCAACUGCGAGCGGCACCUCAAGGUGCACACAGACACGCUGAGCGGUGUCUGCCACAGCUGUGGCUUCAUCUCCACCACAAGGGACAUCCUCUACAGCCAUCUGGUGACCAACCACAUGGUCUGCCAGCCGGGCUCCAAGGCGGAGAUCUACUCCCCAGGGGCCGGACACCCCGCUGCCAAGCUCCCCCCAGACAGUCUGGCCAGCUUCCAGCAGCACACGGCCCCCCAUGGCCCCCUGGCUUCCACCGACCUGGGCCUGGCGCCCACCCCAUCACCAGGACUGGACAGGAAGGCUCUGGCUGAGGCCACCAAUGGAGAGGCCAGAGCGGCCCCCCAGAACGGGGGCAGCAGCGAGCCCCCGGCGGCCCCCAGGGCCAUCAAGACAGAGGCUGCGUCGGAGGAGCCCGAGGCGGAGCCAGGGCCCCCAGCCGCCGCAUCGAGGACACCCUCACCGCCCAGCCCUGCCCCUGCCAGGGUGAAGGCAGAGCUGUCCAGCCCCACACCCGGCUCCAGUCCGGGCCCUGGCGAGCUGGGACUGGCGGCCGGCACGCUCUUCCUGCCGCAGUUCCCCGCGGCGCCCCCGGCCUCAGAGAUCCUGGCCAAGAUGUCGGAGCUGGUACACAGCCGGCUGCAGGCGGGCGCGGGGGCCCAGGCCGGCCUCUUCGCGGGGGCUCCCAAGGGCGCCACGUGCUUCGAGUGCGACAUCACCUUCAACAACGUCAACAACUUCUACGUGCACAAGCGCCUCUACUGCUCCGGCCGCCGCCCACCUGACGACGCGGCCCCAGCACGCAGGGCCAAGGCACCCCCCGCCCCGGGCCGCGCACCCCCCGGCCCACCGCCCCCCGAGGCCGACCCGGGGCGCGCCUCGCCGAGCUCUGGGGCGCGCGAGGACGAGGCGGGGGGCGCGGCCACACCCGAGGCCGAGGCCGAGGGGGGCGGCCGGGGCAGGGAAGGCAGCCCGGGCAGCCCCAGCCCGGGCAGCGGGGCGGACGAGGACGACGAUCCCCGCCGGACGCUGUGCGAGGCCUGCAACAUCCGCUUCAGCCGCCACGAGACCUAUACCGUGCACAAGCGCUACUACUGUGCUUCGCGCCACGACCCUCAGGAGCUGCGGGAGCCGGCCCCCGGCGCCCCCGACGGCAGCCCCCGGCCCGGCCCGCCACCGGCCCCGUCCCCCGAGGCGGUGCCGCCACACCCGCCGCCCCCGCCGACGCCCCCUUCCCACUCGGACAAGGGCGUCCAGACCCCCAGCAAGGGGACGCCGGCGCCCGCGCUCCCCGGCAGCCACAGGUACUGCCGCCUGUGCAACAUCAGGUUCAGCAGCCUGUCCACUUUCAUCGCCCACAAGAAGUAUUACUGCUCCUCGCACGCGGCCGAGCACGUCAAGUGAGCGGCCGCCACACUACAGAGACCGCUUGGCGCCCCGCCGCAGUCCAGGCGCAGGCCAGGCCCGGGGGCUGCAGGGGACCGCGCCUGCCUGGACUAUUGGCACUUAAUAAAGAAGUUCAGUUUGAUGAGCACGGUAGUGGAGCGGCCUAGUUGUCUGAGCACAGGGUCCUUGGGGGUGGGAGGAAACACGUGGGGCCAACACUGUGGGGGUGGUCAGCGCCACCCUGAGCGCAGGCAUUCGCCCCUGCAACCCAACCCACCCGGACCGGGCCCCCAGCCAGAGUCACGGGGUUCGUGGGCCUCCAAGCUGGACCUGACCCCAGGCCAGUCUAUGCAGCAGCACCCCCUGGUAAUCGCUGCCCCCCAGGAUGCCAACGGGAAGAUGCCCUGUGAUCGCCAAGGCUGGUGGGGAGAGAAGGGACAGUGAUGCAGCCCACAGGCAUGGGGGGGGGCACCAAGGCCCACACCCACCCCUGUGACCCAGGGGGGGUGGGGCCAAAUCCUGAAGUGGGGGUCGCAUGGCACCUGUGGUCGCUACAGCACUCAUUACCGAGGUGCCCCCACCCCAGUGUGCCGUGCCGGCACCGUGAGAACCACACAACUAAGAUGGGACCGCGAGAUGCUUGGCCAAACCCAAGCAGAGCCCAACCACGUCUUGCCGGUUUGCGGCUGGGUGGCUGCGGGCACCCUGCAGCCCGGUGUCCCUGCUGGAAAACCCCCAUCAGUCCUUUCCCAACUUUGCUCGAAGCAGCACUGUUUCUUCCAAAUACGGUUUUACCCAGCAGCCUGUGGUGGACAGAAGCAAACUGACCUUUGACCUUCCGGGCUCCAAGGUGCUUCCUGCCAUCCACCCAGGCUCACUCUCCCUGCUCGAGGCAAGUUUCUCUCCCAACCAGCCCUUGUGAGGUCCAGGAGCCCGUGUCCGGGCAGCGGCGUGCACAGGCCCCUCCCGCCGGCCCAGAGGACCAGGGCUGGACAGGACAGGGCCGCUCAGCCCAGGGCCCUGCAGAGCUCCCGCCCCCGUCCCCCGACCCAGGGCUGGCACUAGGGAAGUCAGUUGAGGGAGGGUCCCAGGGGAGCCAAGCUGCCUCCCUCGAGGAUGCCCCGGCACCUGCCAUCCUGGGUUGGGGCGGAGGAAGCCAGAGACCCCCCCAGCCCCGCUCCUCAUUUGCACUGUUGUGCACGAAGUUGCACGGAGGGCCGCCGAGGCUUUGUCUCCGAGUCAGACCACCGAGCGAAAGCAGACAUCACCCACGUCCGCGCCUACUGUUGUCAAAAAAUUAAACCUAAUGCAGAACGAA